AUGACCGCACAGUCAGCCAGAAUUGAGAUUCAGGAAAGCAUCUGUCCAACUUCUGCUCUUGACCAGCAUGAUGAAUCUGAAGCUGUGCGAGUGUUAGUGUGUCCUCACCCCGUUGGCUGUGCUGACGGCCUGAUAGUAGACGCUGUAGCUCUUGUGUGGCAGCAGAGGAAGGUUCCAGUAGCUGUCGUAGGUGCGGUUGUCUCCGACGGUGAAGGGCAGCGGCGUCUGGAUGCGAGCGGCUGGGAACUCUGCGGUGAAGUAAUACUGAGAGUUCAGCACGGACGCGUUCUGGAAGUGGAUGGGAAUCGGCGGCUGCGAGGCGAGCAGCAUCAGAUCCGCUGCACAGCGGGACAGGAGAGAUUUCGGACGAUCACCUCCACGUACUAUAGAGGCACUCACGGCGUUAUAGUGGUUUAUGACGUCUCCAGCGCCGAGUCGUUCGUGAACGUCAAACGCUGGCUUCAUGAAAUCAAUCAAAACUGUGACGACGUUUGUCGAAUAUUAGUGGGUAAUAAGAACGACGAUCCCGCCUCUAAAGUGGUGGAGACCAACGACGCGCAGAAGUUUGCUGAGCAGAUGUGCAUCCGACUGUUUGAGACCAGCGCCAAGGAGAACGUCAACGUCGAGGACAUGUUCAACUGCAUCACUGAGCUCGUCCUGAAGGUCCGGAAAGAGUCUGUGGCCAAACAGCAGCAGCAGAGCGAAGUCGUCAAACUGAGUAAGAGCAGCAAACGCAAGAAGAAAUGCUGCUAAUGGACCGGACUCAUGUAUACACACACACCCACACACACACCCUUAGAGAGCCAAUCGACGAAACGCCACUGAACUGACAAGAGCCAGACAGCUUGACACACUUAAACUAACCCGUGAGAGACUAGUAAUGAGAGAGAUUUACUAAUGAUGAGCCCGUUUGGAUUUGGGAGGACGCCUACAGACUCUGAUGUUUUAGCAGGAUUGGAUUCCAGUGGCAUCACACUUCAUCGUUGUUUUUUUCCCCCUGAAGAUCUGCCGCAGAAAUGUUAAAAUAGAAAAUGAAACGUCUGCGUUUCACAUGCUGUGGAAUCAUGCCAACAAGCCCUAAUGUGAGCGACUGCAGUGUUAAUGUGACUUAACCUACCGACACCAAUCAGGACCACAUAUAAGUUGGAGAACAUCAUGAAGUUUCCCAUGUUUUCAUGCACGUCGUCACAGACGGACCAAAUGUGUGCUGCUCUGCCAACUACCAAGAGACACUUGUUUUGCCUUUUGCGUUCUCUUUUGUCUUUCAUUUUUGUAAAAUUUUAUUUUUUUACUAACAAAUUAUACAAUCAAGCACACAGUAGUGUUUAAUGAAUCUGGUGCCAUUGACUGAAAGUUAUUAUAUUUACAAAGCUGCGAGGAAACACUGAAUCUCAUGUGCAACUGCAGGAAAGCACAGAUUUAAGGGAAUAUUUGAUGCAAAAAUGUAUCAGCUGAAAAUGUGCUGUGCAAGAUUAGGAUGAGUUUGUUUGUUCAUCAGGUUUGUAGAAAUGUAGCAUUGCAUCAGUGUCUCAGCA